UGUAGCCCUAUUUGUAUAUAAAGUCAUAUAUCACUAUACUGAGCUACCCUUCGUCACUCUUACGGCGCUCACAAACCCUAAUUAGGGUUUUCUCAUACAGAAGUGAAGUUUUGAAGGAGAAAGGAGAAGUAUUUGAGCCAUGAGUAAGCUUCAGAGUGAGGCCCUUAGAGAAGCCAUCUCUAUAAUUAAGAAUGAUUCGGCUGAGAAAAAGAGGAAGUUCUCCGAGACUAUUGAGCUCCAGAUUGGGCUUAAGAACUAUGAUCCCCAAAAGGACAAGCGUUUCAGUGGAUCUGUGAGGUUGCCUCACAUUCCACGCCCUAAGAUGAAGAUUUGCAUGCUCGGAGAUGCUCAACACGUGGGGGAGGCAGAGAAGAUCGGUUUGGAAUACAUGGAUGUUGAGAGCCUCAAGAAGCUUAAUAAGAACAAGAAGUUAGUUAAGAAGCUUGCAAAGAAAUACCAUGCUUUCUUGGCUUCAGAAUCUGUCAUCAAGCAGAUUCCUCGUCUCUUGGGUCCUGGUCUGAACAAGGCAGGUAAGUUUCCAACCCUUGUUUCCCACCAGGAGUCACUCGAGUCCAAGGUUAAUGAGACCAAAGCUACCAUCAAGUUCCAGUUGAAGAAGGUGCUUUGCAUGGGUGUUGCUGUUGGUAACUGCGAUAUGGAAGAGAAACAAAUCUUCCAGAAUGUGCAAAUGAGUGUGAACUUCUUAGUGUCGUUGCUAAAGAAGAAUUGGCAGAAUGUAAGGUGCUUGUACUUGAAGAGCACCAUGGGGAAGACUCAACGUGUCUUUUAAGAAGACAAGUCUCAUUAUUGGAGCUUUUCGUGCAUUCUUCUUGUAAGAGAGAUAGAUACUAAUGAAAAUUUUGGAUAGUAGUCAUCCUUGAUUAUGUUUUGAAUGUUACAUCACUAUAAGGAUCGAUCAUAUUGCUGAGACAUUU